AUGCGUCUCACUCAAGCGAGCGUUAUUGCCAUUCUUGCCUUCACUGCGACUGCAAAGCCAAUUGCCAUUCGGAGCGAUGAUGUGAAUGCCCUGCAGGAGUACCAAAAGUGUUGUGAACAACGCGAUAAGUACGAACCCAGCAAGAUCUGCAUUCCACCUAAAGAAGACAUCCCCGCUGUGCCAAAGGAGGACGAGGAGGAGGGUGAGAAGGAGACGUACCCAACACCCACUCCCGGCCAUCCCAAGCCGGAAGAAGACGAGACCGACAUUUUCUAUCCUGUGGAACGAUUUGCUGACAAUAGGAAAGAGGAAGAUGACUACCCAGCAGAGCCGCCCAAGGACGACGAAAAAGAUGAAGACGAUGGCUACCCCACAAAGCCUCCUAAAGAGGAGAAGCCUAGCCCAAAGCCCCCCAAAGAAGACGAGAAAGAGGAGGACAAUGAUUACCCAAUGGAGCCACCCAAGGAGGAAGAUAAGGAAGAAGAUAAGGAGGAAGACAAGGAGGAUGACAAGGAGGAUGACAAAGAUGACUACCCUACAAAGCCUCCUAAAGAAGAAGACGAGGACGAUAAAGGUGAAUAUCCAGCAAAGCCACCCAAAGAAGAGAAACCGCAUCCAAAGCCUCCUAAGGAGGACGAGAAAGAUGAGGACGACAAACACGACGACUACCCGGCAGAACCACCCAAGGAGGACGACAAGGAAGAUAAAGAAGAAUACCCUACGAAGCCCCCCAAAGAGGACGAGAAAGAUGAGCACGAUGAAUACCCGGUUGAGCCACCUAAAGAAGAAAAGCCACAUCCAAAGCCCCCCAAGGAAGACGACAAAGGCUACCCUACGAAGCCGCCCAAAGAGGAUGAGAAAGACCACCACGAAUACCCUGAAAAGCCCCCCAAGGAGGAGAAGCCUCACCCUAAGCCUCCGAAAGAAGAGAAGCCAUACCCAGAGCCGCCCAAGGAAGAUGAGAAGCCUCCUAAGCCAACUCCAGUUCCUCUUCCUGAACCACAGCCUGAAGAGGAGGAGAAACCAUCUGAACCAACUCCAGUUCCUUUGCCUGAACCACAGCCCGAAGAUGAGAAGCCCUCCAAGCCAACUCCAGUUCCUCUUCCUGAACCACAACCUGAAGAGGAAGAGAAGCCAAGCUGGCCACAACCAAAGCCUCCCAAGGCAUACUACUUCGAUGAGGAAAUCACGCUCAAGUGUGAGCACGGCAAAAUCGUCAUCAAAGGCCAUAUGCAGUAG